CCCGGCACCUCUCCUUCCUAGUCUGUCUAAUCUCUGUCCUAUUCCACUUUUGAGAUCACAAAACCAAGGCUCAGAAAAACAAACUGUUUUGUUUAGGAAACAGGUAAACACUGGCUUCUACACUGGGCCUGUCAGUCUCCCACCAAGAACAGCACAGACCACCUCCUUGUGCUGAAGAAAUUACAGGAGGACCGGCCCUGCAGCAAGACAGAGGGAGCUAGACCCCACAUGGCCAACUGCAGUUUGCAGCCUAGCCUGGCUGGAAUACAUUCCAGACGCAUGUGCGUGCGGGGCUCACCCCCAAAUCCUGACAGGAUGGAGAAAUGGCGGGGGAAGGACGUGUUAUGUCCACACCCCACUGGGCAAUGCUGUCUUUCUCUGUGUGGUCCUGACGCACCAGCUGCCCUUGGAGCAAACCGUAAGGAGAUUCCCAGGAUGUGAGCACACGGGACUGGUAUGAUGCUACCUGGCAUGUUUAGGAACUGGUCCAGUUCCCGUUUUCUGUGCUGAAAUCAUUCUGAAAACUCAAACGGUAGACUACAGCCUUCAAGGGAAGCCAAAGCCAUUCAAGGGGGAGUAAAGCCAAAAGCCUUUUAUCUUAUUUGUUCCAAGAAUUUCACUGCCCCCUCCUUACACCCUUCCAAAAAUAAGCCAUCACGCACAGACAGACGGCAUGGCAAGCAAACGGAAAUCUACAACCCCAUGCAUGGUUCGGACAUCACAAGUAGUAGAACAAGAUGUGCCCGAGGAGGUAGACAGGGCCAAAGACAAAGGAACCGGCACACCACAGCCAGACGUGGCCAAGGACAGCUGGGCAGCAGAACCCGGAAACUCUUCCAAAGAAAAUGAAGUGAUAGAGGUGAAAUCUACUGGGGAAAACCCAUCCAAAAAACUCCAAGGUGGUUAUGAAUGCAAAUACUGCCCCUACUCCACACAAAACCUGCACGAGUUCACAGAGCACGUUGACAUGCAGCACCCCAAUGUGAUUCUCAACCCCCUCUACGUGUGUGCCGAGUGCAACUUCACAACCAAAAAGUAUGACUCCUUGUCUGACCACAACUCCAAGUUCCAUCCUGGGGAAACUAACUUCAAGCUGAAGUUGAUCAAGCGCAAUAAUCAAACCGUCUUAGAGCAGUCCAUCGAAGCCACCAACCAUGUUGUAUCCAUCACCAACAGUGGCUCUGGAAGUGGUGACGGUGAUCCCGGGAUCCCAGUGAGUAAAACCCCCAUCAUGAAGCCUGGGAAACCUAAAGCGGAUGCCAAGAAGGGGCCCAAGAAGCCCGAGGAGGCCACCCCUGAGAACCACGUGGAAGGGACUGCUCGCCUGGUGACAGACACAGCUGAGAUCCUCUCGCGACUCGGGAGCGUGGAGCUCCUCCAAGACACAUUAGGACACGUCAUGCCUUCUGUACAGCUGCCACCAAAUAUCAACCUUGUCCCCAAGGUCCCUGUCCCACUAAAUACUACCAAAUACAACUCUGCCCUGGAUACAAAUGCCACCAUGAUCAACUCCUUCAACAAGUUCCCUUACCCGACCCAGGCUGAGUUGUCCUGGCUGACAGCUGCCUCCAAACACCCUGAGGAGCACAUCAGAAUCUGGUUUGCUACCCAGCGUUUAAAGCAUGGCAUCAGCUGGUCCCCCGAAGAGGUAGAGGAGGCCCGGAAGAAGAUGUUCAACGGCACCAUCCAGUCAGUGCCCCCGACGAUCACAGUGCUGCCCGCCCAGUUGACCCCCACAAAGAUGUCGCAGCCUAUCCUGCAGUCAGCUCUACCAUGCCAGAUUCUUGGCCAGACCAGCCUGGUGCUGACUCAGGUGACGAGCGCGUCAACAACCGUCUCCUGCUCCCCCAUCACACUCACUGUGGCUGGAGUGACCAACCACAGCCAGAAGAGACCUUUGACAACUCCCCAAGCUGCCCCUGAGCCCAAGCGUCCACACAUCGCUCAGGUGCCAGAACCUCCACCCAAGGUGGCCAACCCCCCACUCACCGCGGCCAACGAUCGCAAGAAGACGAAGGAGCAGAUAGCCCAUCUCAAGGCCAGCUUCCUGCAGAGCCAGUUCCCAGAUGACAAUGAGGUCUACCGACUCAUCGACGUGACUGGGCUCGCCAGGGGUGAGAUCAAGAAGUGGUUCAGUGACCACCGGUACCGGUGUCAGAGGGGCAUCGUCCACAUCACCAGCGAGUCCCUUGCCAAAGACCAGCUGGCCAUCGCAGCCUCCCGACUCGGUCGCUCAUACCAAGCAUACCCAGACUUUGUGCCCCAAAAGUUCAAAGAGAAAAACCAGGGCCAGGUGAAAGUCCUGGAAGACAGCUUUUUGAAGAGCUCUUUUCCAACCCAAGCAGAACUAGAUCGGCUAAGGGUGGAGACCAAGCUGAGCAGGAGAGAGAUCGACUCGUGGUUCUCAGAGCGGCGGAAGCUUCGGGACUCCAUGGAACAAGCUGUCUUGGAUUCCAUGGGGUCUGGCAAAAAAGGCCAAGAUGCGGCAACCCCCAACGGUGCUCUGCCUCGACUUGACCAGAUCUCCGGUGCCCAGUUAGCCAGUUCUUUGCCCAGUCCUUCACCAGCAAUUACGAAAAGUCAAGAACAGCUUCAUUUCCUGAGGCGCACCUUUGCAAGAACCCAGUGGCCUACUCCUCAGGAGUACGACCAGUUAGCAACCAAGACCGGCCUGGUCCGAACUGAGAUUGUGCGUUGGUUCAAGGAGAACAGAUGCCUGCUCAAAACUGGAACCUUAAAGUGGAUGGAGCAGUAUCAGCAGCAGCACAUAGCGGAUGACCACGGCUAUGACACCGUGGCAAGGAAAGCCUCAAAACCCGUCGCCGGGAGCCCAAAGAACGGAAGUGAGGUGGUUCAGCAAUAUUACAAGGACCCCAAAAAGCUCUGCGAAGAGGACUUGGAGAAGUUGGUACCCAGAUCAAAAGUGGGCAGUGAGCAAGCAAAAGAUUAUUUGCUAGCAAAGCCCUCAGAGGCCACCUCGGACAGGUCAGAGGGCAGCAGCCGGGAUGGCCAGGGCAGCGACGAGAACGAGGAGUCAGGCGUUGUGGAUUACGUGGAGGUGACCGUCGGAGAGGAGGACGCCAUCUCAGACAGGUCGGAUAGCUGGAGUCAGACGGCAGCAGAAGGUGCAAAUGAGCUGGCCGACUCCGACUCCGACAGUGUCCCUGCUGAGGCUGGCCCGGUGUAGACAGGGACGCCUGUCAGAACUGCUGUGCUGAUGAAGGGGACGCUCUGUCUUUGAAGAAAGAAGAGAAUUUUUCCCUCCUGGCCAUGGGCCGCCCUCGCCCGUGACCCCCAAGUGGACUGCCCACGCUCCUGCGUGCCUGGGUGGUGUAGCACCCCAGCCGCUCCCGCGCACUGCCCCGAGGACCGGCAGGAAUUGUUCAUAGUGCCAAAGUCCUACUACUGCGUCUUCAGUGGGUUCCUGUAAAUAGACUGCCCCUCUGCUCUGGCCCACACCUCUUGCUAUACUGGAAAAUUUGUACGAUGUGGGGAUUUUGUUACCUUUUUAAUCAAGGGCAACUCCCUUUCCCAGCACUAUCAUUGGAAGGUGUUUUCCGGAAGGGAGGGCUAAUCACAUUGCUUUUCUCUUUCUCUUUUUUUUUUAUUUGAUUAAUUUGGGGGAGGGGGUGUUAGUGCCAUUAUAUAUACUGGAUUUUAGGUGGGGAGAAUUUCUUUUUAAAGGUAGAUUGAAAUUUAGGAGAUUUCUCAACAGGCAGAGCUGAAAUUUGAGUUUUGUCUCCACUGGAGGAGAAUUUACAGAGGGCAGACCUUCCUGAUCAAAUCCGUUCCCAGUCCUUCGCCUGGCUGCCUUUGGGAGAGUCCCUGUCUUAGACUCACGCAAGGCUUUCCAAACUGCCAGGAGGCGGGUCUGACCUGUGUGGCCCAGCCAGCUCUGGGAGAGCUCAACAGCAGGGCGAGCAGCAUCAUCACACAAGCUUUUAAAAACCAGCAGAAAGGGCUCCCACGUUUGUUAGCAUUAUUGUUACUUUUGUGAUAAUAAAAAAAAAAAAAAAAGACAAAAAAAAAAAAAAGCUCUUCCUAUCUAGGUGGUACAAAGAUGAACAGUUUUGGUUUUCAUUUCUCUUCUUAACUGUCCUUUCUCGGUGUGGUAGUUGACAAAUUUAAGCUUGAUGCCUCACCGUGACUUGAUUUUUGUUUGUUUAUUUGUUUGUGUGUUUGUUUUGGGCCAAUUUUAGACACCUGAGUGCACUUUUUUCCCAGACAGUCCCUAACUUUGAAAGAAGGAAAGCCGAGAGACGUAUCUGGUGUAAAUGUUGCAAUACGAGUUGUGUUUUGCCAUCUCCCUCCCGGCCCCCGUUUGAGUACACUGCACAGAUAAAAUGCUAGGGAGUUUGAAUAAACCCGAUUUUUCUAACUUGUUGCUCAUUUGUUGUAACUCAAUAAAGCAAAGACUAAACAUUUUUAUAA